UUUAUUGACUUUUUUUGCAAUCUAUUGACCUUUGCUAAAUUCGGCCCUCGAAGACGAUCACAUAAAAACACGCGGAAACAAAAGAAAUCAUAUUCCGUUCAUAAACUGCGCCAAAAUUCGAAGAAGCUCUCGUUUGAAGUUUCUUUAUUUGCGUUACCGUCGGACGAUCUGGGGGGGAGGCUUGUUUCCGGAAGUCAUGUUCAAAUUCUGGGGCUCUCAGGAGCAGGAUGCUCAGCAGCCACGGCCGCAGGGAGAUUCUCAGUCUUGGUACCCUCCAUCUGUAGUGGGAUCUUCGCUGGGUUCUUCUCGCCCUGGGACACCGAGUGGUAGUAGCUCUUCUAGUGGAUUUGGAAUGAAUAGGCCGUCGGAUUCUCCAGCGUUGAAUGUGUCGCCAACUGAAGCUGCAGGUGUUAUCUCUCUUUUGAAGGAUAGAAGUGCUGAUGAUUUAAGGAAGCUACUCUCCGACAAGGAUGCAUACAGCCAAUUUCUGUUUUCACUUGAUCAGGUCAAAAUCCAGAACAAUAUACGAGAUGAACUUCGCAAGGAGACCUUGCAGCUUGCAAGAGAAAAUUUGGACAAGGAGCCUCGAAUAAUGGAGCUAAGAAAUCAAUGCCGGAUCAUACGAACAACUGAGCUGGCUGCUGCUCAAGAGAAACUGAACAACCUCGAAAGAAAGAAAGAUGAGAUGCUGAGGUCAUCUUCUCCAGCCUCCCUCCUCCACAAGCUUCAAGAGGCAAUGGGCAAAGCAGAGGACGAAUCCGAAGCUUUACACAGACAGUUUCUUGACAGAGAGAUCGAUCUCCCCACGUUUGUGCAGAGGUACAAGAAGCUCCGAACCACGUACCACAAGCGAGCGCUCAUCCAGUUAGCUGCAAAGACAUCAACGGGCUGACGACAGUGACGUUGAGUAGGGAUACUUGUGAUCUUUGCUCUCUUUUGUGUAUUCCUACAAUGUCACUAUAGGUGCUCCAAACUUCGUAACAUGUUUACUUCCAUUGUAGGUAAUGUAUUUUCUUCAAUCACGUUUUUACGUUGAAUUUUCCGGUACUUGCCAUUAUAAUCCAUUCUGUUACAAUCUAUGUAAAUAACCCGUUCAAAGAUUCCCAAAAUUCUGAGUUCAAUGGAUGUGAAAGUGCUACACUUGCUACUCCUACCAUUACAAACUAGAGGUACAUUCAUCGGAAAAUCUUCUCUCCACUGCCACUAUUUAGGCACAUUCACCAUCUGCUCUUAGUUACAGAAGAUGAGAGAAGACGGGAAUCAUUCUGCUACGAACAGGAAACGAAAGAGACAAGAUACGAGCAUGGAAGAGCUUUAAUGUUGUUCAUUCAAGCGAUCUAGUUCCUUCUCCCACUUGAGCCCAAACAUCUGCCUACCGAAAGGGACGAUGAGGUUGUACCGGAAAACCUUGUCAUUGAUGCCUCUCAACUGAGCUUUCAGGGCUGCAGAGACCUCAACCCAUUUGGAGGAAGGAUCAUUGCCACUGCACUUGCUUGCCCAUGCUUUCUUCAACCCGGACCGCCAUUCGGAUAUUUGGCUCCUGAUCUCCUUGUUCAGCUCGACCCAUUCUGGAGCGCAACCGUUCUUGGAGAGGAUUCUGUACAAUGUGUCCUCGGCAGGGUCGGCGUGCGGGUUGGUUUCGAGGUUCAGAGGCUUCCCUUUCCCUGGCAAGUUUUCGAAUUGGCCUUCCUCCAUUGAGUGCCAGAUUCUUUGCUCAACAACAUUGAUUAUAUCCGUCUACUGACCUCACGUUAUUGCGCUGGCCACGGAGCUCCGGAGGGAGCUUACGGUCAUUGACGGCGUCUAUCACCGUCGAUAGGCGGUCCGUCAGCUUCUUCCGAGGCUCCGACGAAUCAGAAGACGACGACGACGACGAAUCCGAAAACGACGACGCGCACCUCGGCCCCGACACGAAUUGCCCAGCCAUGAUCGUGGGAUUACCCCUCGUUGAUUUUCCAAUUUGGCAAGCCGACGACGACGACGAUGAAGAGGAGCGGGCAGCGGAGAUAGCUCGGAGGAUCCGGGCGGUGGCCAUGGCGCGGUCGAGCCAGAAAGGGGGAAGAUUCAGGAGCUUGGCAGCGGAGCUCUCUGGAACCGCAGAAUUAAAAAA